AUGUCACAAGUACAAAUAGCUGCAAAGCAAUUAAUAAAUACCAUUCAAAAAUUUCCUAAGGAUAAAAUUAAACAUAUUGUUUCGUUCAAGGAUACCCAAAUAGAGCGUUUCAGUAAAAUAGCUGGUAUCAAAACUUCACAUACUGAGAAAAAGCAAGUAUCAAUGAAUGAUUUGAAAGAUAUAGUUAAUAGAACAUCGGGACCUCUGGGCUUGCAAGCUAGUGUAAUGAAAAAAAUUCAAAAUGGAUUAGCUAAUGAAACGAUGAGCGUUGAGAUGUUGAAUGAACAGAAUAUUGCAUUACAGAAUUUAUUAUCUAACAAAUAUAAAAACUAUUAUGAAGUCGGGGAUAAAUUAUAUAAACCGUCUGGUAACCCUCAAUAUUACGAGAGAAUAAUGAAUGAAAUAGAAGGUAAAAAGAAAGAAACAUUUGGAUCAGCCCUAAGAACAGUGUUUUUCGGUAAAUAG